AUGAGCCUGGAGCCCCCCAAGCCAGAGAUCAAAUCAGUCACGAGGGUGACUGGGGGACCCGCCACCCCGCGGAAGGGACCACCCAAAUUCAAGCAGAGGCAGACGAGGCAGUUCAAAAGCAAGCCCCCCAAAAAGGGGGUGCAGGGGUUCGGCGACGACAUCCCAGGCAUGGAAGGGCUGGGAACAGACAUCACCGUCAUCUGUCCCUGGGAAGCCUUCAGCCACCUGGAGCUGCACGAGCUGGCCCAGUAUGGCAUCAUCUAG